GUCUCCUCCUCAUUCUGAUUGUGUUUUAGACCGAGGAGACGUGAACGCAGCAGCAGGCUCCGCCCUCCCAUGUGAUCCCCAGUGAGAAUUCCUGUGGUGGCCUGAAGCUGAUCUGAGUGCAGAGAUGCGGGUGGCAGUGAUCGGAGCUGGAGUCAUUGGCCUGUCAACAGCUCAGAGCAUCUACCAGCAGUUCCACUCCACAGUCAGUCCUCUGACCAUUGAGGUGUACGCAGACCGCUUCACUCCCCUGACCACCAGCGAUGGAGCCGCUGGCUUCUGGCAGCCCUACCUCCACGAUAAGGGCAACAUCCAGGAGACCAUGUGGAAUAAGAUGACCUUUGACUACUUGCUGAAAUGGCUCAGCUCUCCGGAUUCUAUAAAAAUGGGAAUCUUUCUUCAGUCGGGCUACAACCUCUGUGAGGAGCCUACUCCGGAGCCUUCAUUUAAGGACAUCGUUCUGGGCUUCAGAGAGCUCACUGACAGGGAGCUGCAGAUGUUUCCUGGAUACAAGUAUGGCUGGUUUAACACAGCCCUCAUGGUGGAAGGUAAAUCCUACCUACCGUGGCUGAUGGACUGGUUGAAAGAAAGAGGUGUCAAAUUUCAUCACAAGACGAUCAAGUCCUUUAAAGAGCUGUCUGAUUCGGGGGCAGACGUGAUCGUAAACUGCACCGGGGUCAGAUCAGGAGAGCUCCAGCCGGACCCGGAUCUUAAACCGGGCCGUGGCCAAAUCAUAAAGGUGGACGCUCCAUGGCUGAAACACUGGAUUAUCACCCACAGCAAUAAAGCUGGAACCUACAACACUCCAUAUAUCAUUCCAGGGAGUCGUCUUGUGACAGUUGGAGGAUGUUUCCAGGUCGGGAACUGGAGCGAACAGAACAACUCCACCGAUCAUAAACAUAUCUGGGAAUACGCUUGUCAGCUGGAGCCGAGUCUCAAGCAUGCCAGAAUAGUCGAGGACUGGGCAGGUCUCAGACCAGCUCGCAGUAAAGUCAGGCUGGAGCGGGAGACCAUACGGUCCGGUGCAUCUACAAUAGAGGUGAUACACAACUACGGUCAUGGAGGAUUUGGACUUACCAUCCAUCGAGGCUGCGCCCAGGAGGCAGCGAGGCUCUUCGGUCAGAUCUUGGAGCAGAAAGGAAAUUGUCCUAAAGCUCAGCUGUAGUUUAGUGUUCAGUAGCUGUGAAUAGUUCACUCUUAGGCACAAGCACUUCUAAUGGAAAUAUAAACACAGUAAAUUGACAAAUGAGUGGUAAUAACACUACAGUAAUAUAAAAUUGAAUGAAACUGCUUAAAUGGAGCCACAUUUAGUUAGAAUAAAAACUACAUCAAUAGUACUAAAAGCAUUUAUUUUUCCAAACGAUAAAAUAAUUACUUUAAAUUUUGUAAUAAAAACGUGAAUCCA